GUCCAAUUAUUUGAUAACUUUACCUGUUAUAGAAUGGAACAUUCGCACUUGCGCAGUGCAACGCAUGCGUUGUGUGCACAGAAGUCGACCACGGCGUUAGUUUUGGAGGAUCUGAAAAUGUCCCUGAAGCUCCCGCGAUUUGUGAAAUCGUUCAGUCCGUCGUUCAGCCCGAAGAAGAUUCCUCGACGGAAAUCAGCAUCGUUAUCGAGCCUUCACACAUUGGACCGUUCCACUCAGGAAGUAGAAUUGGGCCUUGACUAUGGACCUCCUUCAAUGAACAUUGGAGGACAUUCGUUGAAAUUUGAAGAUGGACAGUGGAUAACAGAAUCGGGUGGAAAUGUAGCCGUCCGAGAAGUAGAGCGGCUUAAGAAGAAAAAUAUGCAGCUGGAGGAGGAGAAUAAUAUCCUGAAAUUGAAAAUAGAAAUUCUCAUUGACAUGCUGACAGAGUCGACAGUAGAGUACCACCUGAUGGAGAAAGAAGUGGAGGUGAUAAAGUCUCAACAUUGAAGGAAUGACAAACAUGAUACAAUGCCUUCCUCAUAGGAAGUUUUUAAGUAGAAUUUGUUUUGAUUUAUAUAUAUAUAGAUAUAUAUAUAUAUAUAUAUAGCACACAAUUGCUUAGUUUAUAGCAAUAUAUUUUAUGCACUAGGUUACAUUAAUUUUGAAUAGCCUUAUUUUUUUAUUACCUACUGUAUAUUCAAUGUUCAUCUGUUUGACAAAUGAUUUUUCUAUUCUCUUCACAUUAAAGUGAAACCUGUAACAAAGUAGUUGGAGUAGUUUUAUUGGAUAAAGUUUUUGGUCCAUGAUGAAACAAUGAGCAAUUAAGCACAUUUUAUUUUAAUAGUUUGAAAAUAAAUGAUGCCUAGAAUAAAUAAAUAUUGUGUAAUUAUUAAUUAUUAUUGAAACUUAUUUGUAUCGAUUCAAUUGUUGUUAUAGUGUAAUGAAUUCUUACUUGAGGGAUUAUAACCAGUAAAAUAAACUUUAAAAAAAAAUCACCAUGGUAAUAAACUCACCUCAUUGUGAACCAAAAGUUCCCCAAAUUAAAUAAUGAACUUUAUCAUGAAUCAUUAA